UCUCUCUCUUUCUCUCGCUCUCUUAAAAGGCCACCAGACAUCUGACUGAUAAAGAUACUGUUAAUGGUUGUGUCAAGGCAACGAGGGGUAGAUGGAAAAUAUCUGACAGUGGAAAUGCUGAAGAGAAAAGACAUCCUGGCACUUAUUUUGAUUGUAUUUCCGUGGACUUUGCUCAUCAAGUUUUGGCAGCAACAUUCUGACAACCCUUUGCCUCCAUCUCAAAGGGCUGACAGAUCAGUUCACAGAAGAUGCUUCAGACUUCAAGAAUCCUGCAUCACACAGAACACCCAAAUCACUGAAGUCACCCGGACGAGGUACAUAUACAGCCGCCUGCUGCCCUGGUCUGAUGCGCUGCCCACUCUUCACGUAAUAACGCCGACCUACAGUAGGCCCGUUCAGAAGGCGGAGUUAACCCGCCUUUCUAACACCCUUCUCCAUGUGCCCAACCUGCACUGGUUAGUUGUGGAGGACUCUGCGGGGAGGACGGCGCUGGUGUCGAGGCUGCUGGAGAACUCAGGGUUGAAUUACACCCACCUAAACGUAGAGACACCUCGGAACCUCAAAGUGCGAACGAAUCCCAAAGAACGGAGGAUCCCGCGCGGCACCAUGCAGAGGAACCUGGCUCUUCGCUGGCUCAGGAGAAACAUCAACCUGAACUCUGGUCAUAAAGGGGUCGUCUACUUUGCAGAUGAUGACAAUGCCUACAGCCUGGAGCUGUUUGAGGAGAUGCGCUGGACUCGUAAAAUAUCUGUGUGGCCGGUCGCCUUUGUCGGAGGUCUCCGGUACGAAUCGCCCAAAAUCAACUCUCUGGGCAAAGUGUCCGGAUGGAGGACGGUGUUUGACCCUCGUCGACCUUUUGCUAUCGACAUGGCAGGGUUUUCUGUGAAUUUACAGCUCAUCCUCGGCAAACCUCAAGCAUACUUUAAGCUCCGGGGAGUAAAGGGUGGAUACCAGGAGAGCAGUUUGUUACAGGAUCUGGUCACUUUGUCUGACCUGGAGCCCAGAGCUGCCAACUGCACUAAGGUGCUGGUUUGGCACACCAGGACAGAGAGACCUGUGCUUGUGAAUGAAGGUAAAAAGGGAUUUACAAAUACCAGUGUUGAAAUAUGAAAAACUUCUGCAUGAAUAACUUAUAGCAUUAGAAGUUUGACUUUGUUGAACUUCUUGAACUCACUGGAAUAUGAGUAUUUCAAGAUACUCAACAACACUCCAGCACUUUACUCUUCUUUACAUGUGGAACGUUUUUUCUCAAUUUCUUAAAAUGACAUCCAAGAUGUGGAUUUUCACGGCUCUGUCGAGAGCUGCACAGUUCUGUCA